AUAACCACACCCCAAAUCACUCCCCUAAACUCACCACGCGGUGCGUUUUCGUCUCUCUCUCUCUCUCUCUCUCUCUCUCCUCUUCACAUUCACAAUCUCUUUCCCUCCCUCUCUCGUCGCCCACCGACGGCGGCACCAGAUUCCGGCGAACGUCACCGUCUCGCCGGAAAAUAUUCUCAAAUAUCCGCCACAUUUCACAUUCAUUCUUUUUAAUUUUUUUUCUUCCCUUAGAAAAGAUAAAACUGAAUAAUCAGUUAGGGUUCGCUUCCGUUAUCACUCAAAGAUCGAACUUUUGAUCGAUUUUCCCUUACUAUGCGAGAAAUUUAGGGUUUCUGGUGCUGCUCCAAAAAAUAACAGUCUUUUGAGAUCUAAUAAUCCAAGUUUUCUUCACGUUUCUGAAGGAUCAAAUUCUGUCCUCUUUUCUCUUGCUGCUCGGAUUUGAUCCGCUCACGUAAUCUGUUAAGCUUUUUAAAAAAAAAUAAAAUAAAAAAUUCUUUCGUUUCUGAGUGAUUUUGGAUACUACAUUAUCAAAAAGGCGUGAACUUGUUCAGAGUAAAUAGAUAAGAAUUUUGAGUAGAGGGGAGUUUGUAUGGGUGGGAUAUGUGCAGAAUAGAAGGGGAAAAGAGUGAAUUGGAGGACAGAGAGGAGAGGAAGAAGAUAAUGGGUUUCAAAGCAGUGGCUUUAGGUGAUAGUCGUGUGGAGAAACUGAAAAGUUCAAUGAUGUCACGAUCUAGAAUGAAGUUAUGGAUGAUAAGGGCAACAACGUCGAUACUGUUGUGGACCUGUGUGGUUCAAUUGAUGACUUUAGGGGAGACUUGGGGUCCUAGGGUUUUGAAAGGCUGGCCUUCUUGUUUUUCACAGGAGUCUGCUGCUUCAUUUGUUGUCAAUUCGUCGCCUGAGGUCCCUGCUAGAGUUCUUCCACCUAAGAGGGUUUAUAAAAAUAAUGGUUACCUUAUGGUUUCAUGCAAUGGAGGGCUGAAUCAAAUGCGUUCUGCGAUAUGUGAUAUGGUUACUAUUGCAAGAUAUUUGAAUGUGACUCUCAUAGUUCCUGAGCUGGAUAAAACCUCAUUUUGGGCUGAUCCAAGUGAAUUCCAAGAUAUUUUUGAUGUUGAUCAUUUUAUAUCAUCCUUGAGAGAUGAAGUUCGAAUAUUGAGAGAGCUACCCCCAAGAUUGAAGAGGAGAGUAGAGCUAGGAAUGAUUUACACCAUGCCUCCUAUCAGUUGGUCUGAUAUUUCUUACUACCAAAAUCAGAUUCUUCCCCUAAUUCGGAAGUACAAAGUUGUUCACUUAAACAGAACCGACGCUCGGCUUGCCAAUAAUGGUCAACCCAUGGAAAUUCAAAAACUGCGUUGUCGAGUAAAUUUUAGUGCCUUAAAAUUCACCCCUCAGAUAGAAGAGCUGGGCAGAAAGGUUGUUCGACUUCUCAGGCAAAAGGGUCCUUUUAUGGUACUGCACCUGAGAUACGAAAUGGAUAUGCUGGCCUUCUCUGGCUGUUCUCAGGGAUGUAAUAAGGAUGAGAUUGACGAGUUGACAAGAAUGAGAUACGCUUAUCCAUGGUGGAAAGAAAAAAUCAUAAAUUCAGAUUUGAAAAGGAGAGAUGGUCUCUGUCCGUUGACACCUGAAGAAACUGCCCUGACUUUAAGGGCAUUGGACAUUGAUCCCAGCAUACAAGUUUACAUUGCCGCUGGAGAGAUAUAUGGCGGAAAAAGGAGAAUGGCUAGUCUUACAGCAGCUUAUCCUAAUCUGGUGAGGAAGGAGACACUACUUGAACCUUCUGACCUUAUGUUCUUUCAAAAUCACUCUUCUCAAAUGGCUGCAUUGGACUAUCUUGUUUCAUUGGAGAGUGAUAUCUUUGUUCCUACAUAUGAUGGAAACAUGGCCAAAGUUGUUGAAGGACAUCGCAGAUAUCUUGGGUACAGGAAAACGAUCUUGUUGGAUAGAAAGCUUCUAGUGGAUUUGAUAGACCAACAUAAUGCUGGAUCAUUGAUAUGGGAUGAGUUUUCUAACUCAGUUAAGGAAGCUCAUGCUGAACGUAUGGGCAAUCCUAUGAAGAGGUUGGUUAUUCCAGACCGACCCAAAGAAGAAGAUUAUUUCUACUCAAACCCAUGGGAAUGUUUAGGACCAUCUAAUGAGGAUGAAACACUAAGUAGCAGCAUUUAAAUCGAGGUGGCGGUUACAGUUGGUGAAGAAAAGAAAACAGCCAUGCAGUUGUGUGACAGAUCUAGAGAAAAUAGUUCUCUCAAUACCUUGAGACAAGAGUGAGAAAGCAGGAUUUUGCUUUGAAGUGGCUCUUGAAGUUCAGUGGGAGGUGCACUUCGACGGGCUGAGAUGACUCGAGAGCAUGCUGGAGAGUACAUUGAAAAGUUUUUUACAUAAAUUAAUAAUCAAAUUUCCUGUAUAGAAGCUUCCUUGCCAUUGCAGGGUUACAUCAACUCUACGGCAGUGUACACAGAGGGGUGAAAUAUAGAAUUUCUUUUACUUGGCAGUACGGACCCAACAAUUUUAAGAUUCCAUCUCAUACCUUAGUUUAGGCUUCAUUCUUUUCUGCCUCAACGCUCCCUUACAAAUUUUUUUUUC